GUUCAAAUGUGACUACUUAAUAUAAAUAGGAUGAUUACCAUCCAUUUCUGUGAGUGAAAGCAGCAGGCUUUAGUUGAGAAGCAAGGGGUACAUUCAAGAUGGAACAUUUAUUUAAAGUGAUCUUUGUAACAAUUUUCACUACCAUAUAUACAGAUGGCCUGUUAUGUCCAGUUGAAUAUAACCUUGUGAGGGACACUCUGGUUGUAGACUCUGAGAACCUGACAUGGUCUCAGGCUGCUAUGGAGUGUACCAGGAGGAAUGGACGAAUCCUCACUGUGACGGACACUCAAUCUGAACAGAAUGUUAGUCUAUUUGAGGAAUAUUUAUAUGGCAAGGCCUGGGUAGGAUACACUGGUUAUACUCAAGACAAAUUAGAUGAUUCAGAUUCAAAAACACCAUUCUACAUAAUUAGGCAUAUCUCAGAUAAACAGUUUGAUGCAUCUUCACAUAGAGGGAGUGCAAAAUAUUCUAAAAUUGACAGUUCAUCCGCAUGGUGGCCAGCUUCUUCAGAUCAAGGUAAAUGGAUCCAGGUUGAUCUAAGGAAAACAAUGUGCGUAUAUGGUAUUGCUACAAAGGGACAAAAGAGCACAAAUGAUUGGACAAUAGUUUAUAAACUGCAUUACAAAACUGAUUUUGACAAUUACUUUCUCACACUUCAAGAGGAUGGGAAAGAGGAACUGACUGCUAAUGAGGAUGAUGAUACAGCAGUCUAUUGGAACUUUACAAAACCAUUCAAUGCAAGAUUUAUACGUCUGUACCUACAGCAGUGGAAUGGCUAUCCAGUAAUAAGAUUUGACCUGCUGGUAUCAAAUAAUAGUUGCCCAAUUGACUUCUCAUGUGGUAAAUGUUCUGCUAUUGUGAACACACCAGGGGGCAAUAUGACAAUCAAGCAUGAGUCAUGUUGCUCUAAAUUGCCCUAUAUAUGUGAGACUGAGACAUGUGAACAAGACCAGAAAGACUCUUCCCCCCUUGCAACUGUUACAUAUUCAGCUAUGGACAAUGGCACUACAAAUCCUGAAAUACAGAAAGUUUCUUCAACUCUUCCAUCUAAUACAGACCCAACAAUUGACAACAGCACAGACAUUCCUGGUGCAAAUAAUAGAAACCUGCCUUGUGCUUGGUGCUCUACUUCACUUACUAUUGGACUCAUAAUUGGAAUGGUUCUGCUCAUGAUUCUCUCAAUUAUCUUUCUUAUUUUGCUGAUUGUUUCACAGCAUUAUAAAAACAGCUGUAUAUGUG